GUCAAUCAUCCGUUUAGAUGUUUCAUUGGUGCGUUUUCUCGUUGUACACAAAGCGGAACGCUUUACGACUACGCAGGCUGAAGCGAUUCUGAUUGUCGCUAACAUUUUGUGAACGACUAGCGAUCAAUAAGGAUGAUUGAGGUGGUUUGCAAUGACCGGCUGGGCAAGAAGGUCCGGGUGAAGUGCAACUCAGAAGACACUAUAGGAGACCUGAAGAAGCUCAUCGCUGCCCAGACAGGCACACGGUGGGACAAGAUCGUACUCAAGAAAUGGUACACCAUAUUCAAGGACCACGUGUCUCUGGGAGACUAUGAGAUCCAUGAUGGGCAGAACCUGGAGCUGUACUACCAGUAGAAGACUGAGGACUCACACCAGACACACACACACACACACCACACAAUUCUAUUUAAUAACAAGGCUUGAGUUUGUUGAUCAUUGGAUCAGGGUUUGCGGAAGACAUUGACAAUGUUCUAGUGAUGAAAUGUUUUGAUAUUGUUUGGAAAUAAAAGCAAAUAUUUAUAUUAGCUUAA